AGUUCAAGAAUUUAUUUUAAUGGACAGAUAGGAUAAAGAAUCAUGGCUGCAGGGGACUCAGAGGAUUCCGGUUUUAUGAACAUAACAGGAAGGAAAAAAGUUCUAACGAAGAAGGCAAAAGGCAAAAUACAUAUUAAAUCGACAACUGAUUUAAAGGCAAACAGAACAACAGAUAAAACUGCAAAUGAAAAUGAAAGUUUCCCACAGGAAAAAGAGGAAAUUAUCAAAAUGUAUCAAUGUCGUAUUGACAUGGAAUUUGACGAUCUCAAGAAGCUAAGAGAAAAAACUUUAGCACUCCUUUCUUUGCAAAGAAAUGUAAUUGAACGUUUAGAAAAGGAAAUACAAGAACUCGAAGCGAGAAUAAGAGCACUAGAGAAAAGUGAACAAGAGUUAAAAAAUCAGUUGAUGAAGGCACAAAAAGGUGGUAAAACUGGAUCUGAUGAUAACCAUACAGAAAUAGGAAAACAUAGGGAAGAGAUAAAUGGAUUAAAAAAUACAAUAGCUGAAAAGGAAAAAGAACUACAAAAAAGUAAAGAAACCCAAUCAUUCCUGUCAGUUGAAUUUAAAAAACUAAACGAAGAAAUGACAACCAUGAAAGAUGAUCUUAUGCAAAAGCACGAAGAAGUUAUGAUAAAUAUGAAAAAUGAUAUCACUAAAAAGCAUGAAGAAGACAUGGCAGCCAUGAAAGCAGAAUUUACGAAACAAAAUGAAGAAGUGCUUGAACAGGGUAAACGUUUACAGAACAUGUUUACUGAAUUUUCAAAGCAGAUGUCUCAAAAAGACCAAGAUCAGGUACAAGAUAGAAAAGAAAACAAACCAAUAAAUGUAAAAAAAAUCAGUACAAAAACAACCCUUAAAUUCUGGAGUGGAGACAAUUAAUAAAAGCAAUUGCUCUGAUAUUGGCAAUUAAGAAAAUCUUUAAUUAUCUUUAUUAAUGUUAAUGUACAAAUAUUGUUGUCAUCUUACUUGUUAUCUAUUUUAUUUAAAGGAAAACCAGUUUAUUUAAGGUUUAGCUUCUAAACGAAUCAUUCUACAUUAAGCACUUCUUACUCGCAUGUAAGACUGUUAAUACAUGACAUAUUAAGCUUGUAUGUACCUCAUGGAUUUGUUGAACAUAGUAAAUGAUUCCAAUUUGCAUAUUUUUGUUUCUAGAAUAGUGUUGCUUAAUCAUGAUUGUUUGAUAGACUUUCCACUGGAAUUGCUAUACUGGCAUGCUCUCUUUAUUUCAAUUGACAUUUCAAAGGCAAUAAUAACCUUGAUGGCUUGUGUCAAUGUGUCAUUGUAAGGUCAAUAAA